CAGAGGCAUCGGGCCAGCUGAUCGUACAAGUCGCUUAUGGGAUUUACGAAGCUUUUGGCGGGAUAUAACGCUUCCUUUCUCUUCUUAGAGUUAAAGCUGAGUGGGAGGUGGAGCUGCAGCCAAGACUCGUGUCCUUGCGACAUGAGUGAAUAAGGAGUAAUGUGGUGCUGUCGGCCCGCGUUCCAGUUACACCGAGGCGUGGGUCGGGAAGAAGUGAUGUCUUCUACACUGGUUGAAACAGUGUCUAUUAACUAUGAGGACUUCAACGAAUCUUUCCUCACGUGCGGCACAUGUCUUUGUUCCUUUGAUGGUGGUGAACACACCCCUAAGUUACUGCACUGCUCACACACCGUCUGUCUUCACUGCCUCACCCGCAUCGUUGCCUCCCACGCACGCGAUGAUGGCACUUUCCGCUGUCCCAUAUGCCGGGAGUCCAUACGGAUUCCUUCAGGAGGGGUGGCCGCCCUGCCCCCCUCCUUCUUGGUCAAUCAACUAUUAGACCUGAUGUCAAGGCAGCGACGAGAAGUUGUACCCAAAUGUUCCACCCACCCAAAUCAGGAGUUGUUGUUUUGUGAGUCGUGUGACCUGGUGUUCUGUACACAGUGUAGCAAUGGCUCUCACCAGGGCAGUGCUGCCAGCUAUCAGCACACGGUCAUUCCACUCUCCAUCGCCAUCAAAAGAAUGUCAGAAAUCCUAUGUUAUAAGGCCAAUGAGUGUUACUCAAAGUUAAAUGAGGCAAGUGAUGCAGUGACAUCAGAAAUGCACCAGCUGGACCAUGCAGUAGAUGCAACCUUUGAGGAUGUCAACAGAGCGUUCCAGGCCAUCAUUGACACUAUUGAGCAGCGUCGAGAAACUGUCAUCAGCAACGUUAAGAAAAUGCGAGAUGAGAAAAAGAAAGUUUUACAAGACCAGCUGGACAUCAUUGAGGGAGAGAGACGAAAGGUCCAACAAGAGUGUGAGGGACUCCAGUACCAAGUAGAAGUUCGCAAUAUUACCAAGAAGAUCGCUCACCUUAAUACCAAGAUUGAUUCUUUAUCCACAUUGGUUGAGCCAAGAGAAAAUGCUUUCUUGAAGUUUGAGAGUCAUCACAAUGAAGCAUUCGAUCAAAUUCAGGCAACUAUUGAAGACUAUGGGCGAGUGGUUACCAGUAAAACUUUCCCAAGUCUGUGCUUCAUGAAGGCCAAGAAAGCCAUGACUCAUUUACGAAGUGAGGUUGUAGUUCACACCGUUGACUAUGAUGGGGAGAGUCAGAGUACAGGUGGUGAUCCUGUAGUGUCAGAAGUCAAGUCAGAAGGUGGGGAUGUAAUUGAGAGCCAAGUUGAAGAUAAUGAGGAUGGGACAUAUUCUAUUUUCUUUACCCCAGAGCAAGGUGGAACACACAGUGUUACUGUGAAAAUCUUUGGUAGAUCUAUCAAAGAAAGCCCACUGCUUGUUGAAGUGAUUGAUGAACAUAAUCCAGAUAUUGUGUAUGGGUCACGGGGUUCAGGAAAGGACCAGUUCUUACAACCUGUGGGUAUUUGUAUAGAUGAUAACGAGUUCAUGUAUGUGGCGGAUACAGGAAAUUCUCGGAUUAAGGUGUUGAGCCCACAGCUGAAGGAAGUGCAACAUAUAGUGGGCGAUGCGUUAGAGGGUAGAAGUGUCACGGGCAUAACACGAACUCCAACCAGUUCUCUCGUAUUUGUUAACUGGCGGAAGAAAACAAUAACGGAAGUGACCUCCUCCGGUCAUCUUCUCUAUCAGUUUUCUCAUGAACAGUUAAUUGAACCAACAACUCUUGCAGUCAAUAGUGAUGGUGAAAUUCUUGUGGCAGACAAUGCAGUGAAUUCUAUAUUUGUUUUUCUUCCUGGUGGGAAGUUGGUGAGAAAAUGGGGAGUGAAAGGAAACAAACCAGGCCAACUGGGGUCAGUUGCUGCCUUGUGCACAGGUCCUGAUAAUGAAGUGGUAGUUGCUGAUUCAAGAAUACAAGUGUUUUCCCCAGAAGGACAGUACACACGCACUAUCUUCGAAACCAGAGGUAAAGGACUCAAAGGAACAUACGGAGGUCUGUUUCUGGAUCCAAAGGGAUUGUUACUCGCUACAAGACAAGAGCGCAACAAUUCCUGUAUUCAAGUGUUCGAUUAUUCACUUGGAACGCUCAUCUUUACUAUAGACUCCCGUGAAGCGAAGUUGAAGCGACCCUCGGGCCUCGCCACAACACGAGAUGGACAUGUCAUCAUCGUUGACCUCGGUAAUGACUGUGUCAAGAAAUUCAGGUACAUGUAAUUAUGAAGGUUUGAAGAUUGUUGUUGAGUAGUUAUGAUGGAAACCUACAAAUAGUUGAGGCAAGUGUUUGACCUUGUUGUUCUUAAUGAAGUCAACAGUUAUGCAUCUGCUUGUAUAGGAAUCUUUAAUCUCUCCUAACACAAUUUUAAUACCUCAGUGUGAAUUAUUUAGAUGUAUCAAAUCUUGCCAGUGUUAUUGCAAGACAGGUUUUACUGCUUGGUCUGGUGAUUUCCCAACUUUACUACGAUCAUAAGGAAUUUAUUCCUCAAGUGAUUCAAGAGAGGAGAGCUGGAAAAAAUUGGCCGUAGUUAUAAUGUAUCACAGAGUAGUUAAAGUGAUGUUGUUAUUCAUUGCAGUCUAUAGAUACUCUCUUGGGGUAGAAUUUGUUUAGUGACAUAACUGUUGAAUAGGUUUUCAUGCCAAUAGUAAAACACAAUUUUGUAACUGUUAAUAGGCUGUUCCUGCACAGCAAUUAUUGAUACUGUAUUGACAUUAGAACUUGAUGUCUGUAAUGUUGAUUGCCCAAAGAGGAUUAAUAUGAAUUCCACUGAAACUACCCCAUAGAUACUGUUUUUCUAGACUUAGCAUCCAGAGGACAGCCUUGUACCAUCUUAAAAGUACUUUACUUUUUGGAAGAUUUCAUUGUAAAAUCUUAGUUAUGGGAAAUACAGAAAUUUAAAAAGAAAAUAAGAUAUACAAUUUUUGGUACUGAACACUUGAUGAAAUAGAGUUGAUAUAGGUAAUGCUACUUAGAGUAAUAAUAGAGGGCAAAAUGAGAAUAUAUGAACAGUAACAUCGAAGAUUAAGAACAUAGGCCUGGGGAUCUGUUGUUACUGAUGAAGAACAGAGUAGGUAGUGUGUGAGCUGUGGUGAUGGUGGAGACUGUCCUGGUAGAUAUAAACCCAGGAACUGGAUAGGUACUGUCAAUGGGUGAUAAAGGACAGUAUUCAUACGAGAGGCAGUUAGAUACUGCCAUCUGUGGCUCGGUAAAAUUCAGUGUCAGAUGAACACUGAAAAAAGUACUGUAUAGCAAAAUAAUUUUAUGAAUAGUGUCAUAAUUAGGGAAGUGUUUUUUCAGUAAAAACUGAAUAGAAUUAUCAAAAUUACUUGAAAUGGCAUUGCAGACUUCAUGCAUUGCUUAAUGUAAUUGAUGAUGAUUUGAAUGAAAAACAAAUUUCAGUGAAUACAGGUAUAGUAGUUUUAACUUAAAAAUUUCAAACUUGGAAGAAGUGUUUUGGCCCACAAAAAUGUUUUCACUGUAUGGGCAUUUGGGUUAAAACUGCAUUUUUUAUUAAUGUAUACAGAAGAAUCUUUGUGGAAUUGUUGAGAGCUUGGUUUGCCGUAUAUUAAGUAACAAAUCUCAUUUCAAGUAGUACAGGUAUAUUCCCCACAAAAUUAAAAGAGAUAAAACAAUAUUGACACAAGUUGGGUUUGUGAUUAUUAAUACCAUUAAGGUACUGUACUUAAUUGCAAUCCAUUACAAAAUGUGUACUUAAGAAGACUGAAUAACAAAGUACUUAAACAGUAGUGUAGUAUCACAGCAGGGUUUUACAGUGUUAUCACAUGGACCAGAACUUAUGGUGAGCUGAUCAUUCUGACGUCCUGUGUGGUGCGGGCAUAUACAGACUUUCCACUUUUGUCAACAGUGUGAAGAAUAGUAACUUAGCCCUAAAAGGGUUUCCAGAAUCAAAAUUUUACGGGCAAAGUUGUAAAAUGAAGUACCCGGUAUUGUACAGUACUGUACUUAAGGAGCGGUUGUGUAUUUAUGUAUAAUAUAUUAAUCAAAGUUAUUUGAAGGAAACUAAUAUAUUGAUUUUUUAUUGCAAGAAGAAAUACAACUACUGUAUACAUCAGUUACAGUUUUCUACCAUAAUUUAAUUCACUGAAGUUAUUAGUUUUCAGCAAUGUGAUGUACAGAACCUAAAGUCAUGUUAAUACUUUUUACACAAAACAGAUAUUAUACAUAUAGGCAGGAGUCUUUUGAGGGUCUUACUGUGUUUGUUUCACAUGGGUGUUGGGGAUCAAGUGUCUUCUUCAGUUUAUCAACAAAGAACUAACUUUUAAACCCAAAAUAAACCACCUAAUAUGGCUGUGUUUACCAGAUUGUCCAACAAAUUUUCUAGAGAUGAGGUGUCUUAGUUUCUCAUAUAUAUACUGUAUACUGUACAUGCAGGCAGACAUGUAUAAAUUAGUAGGUAUGUACAUAUGUAUAAUGUACACAUGCAUACAACCCCAAAAGCUUUCCAUCUGUUGCCAGGGAUAAUAAGUUUAGUUACUGACAAACACAAGAGCUGAAUCAUGUUGAUGGUUCUCUUGUUCUCAAUUCAGUUGUUGUUGUGAUUGCUGCUGAUAUACACACGCUCCAAAAAGUACCUUUAUGAAUUUGUGAGAGACAAUAUGACACAACUGAUGAAGGAUUUUGACAACCCUACUGAGACAACCGGAGUCACAGUGUUCAUUUUGAAAUUCAUCAGACCCCUCCGUAAAGAUGUUUUUGGAGUGUGUACCAACAUCUAAUAUGAGUCUGUGCUAGUAAUCCUGUUAAGGCUGAAAAAUUACAAUUGAAGAUUUGAUAUAUUGUUCUUGUGUGAUGAAUAAUGUUCCUCUGUAUUGAUUUAUUAUAAAUUGUAAAGCAAUAAUGGUGAAAGAAAAAGAAAUUUGAAAGAAUAUCAUAAUCUAUUGAUUUUGUAUCUAGUGAGGGUUCAUGAAUUUUUUAAUUUAAAGGUAAAUAUAACUUCGAAAUUGUCAUUAAUAAGUGUAUUGGACAUCCAGUAUAUAUGUAACUUUUUGCAUUUAAGUCAAGGUGUAUAAUAGAGGCUAUAUACUGUAUUUGUCAAAACUUUGGGGGUUUUGGCUUUGAUGUUAAUUUUCAAAAGUUGAGUAAGUAUUGCGUUACUGUUUUGCCAGUUGACUGUUUUCUUUAUUGAACUGUGGAUGUGUGUCAGACCCUCAAAAAUGAAAAAGAAUAAUGGAAUUCCAUAUACUUUAUGCACUUUUUUUCAGGUAUAGGAUGCACAUAUGUUAGAUUUUCAUAACAAAAUGUGUACAUUUUGUAUAUUAAUACUUUUCCCCUUUGUCAUGGGGUAGAAUGACACACAGGCAUACACACACACACACACACACAUUCCAUCCUUUGGGCUUUACAAAUUAUCCAUAUUAACUGUAAUCAAUAAUAAUGUAUAUCAUUAUUUUAGUUCACUCAUGAGGAAUCACAAAUAGACUAAAUGAUUCAAACCUCAGUAAUCCCUAUUGUGUGGUCAGAUUAGUAACCCUUCAAAGAGCUCCCUUGAAGUCAAACAUCUCUUCAUUGAGAAAAAGGUUGUUUAAUAUUUGAACAACAAUAUUCAUCCACUGAUAUAGUAUAACAUAGACUGUGUACAAAUAUAAAGAUCUCCUCAAGCAUACAUCCCCUCCAUCCCUCAACAGAGAGAAUAUAGGCACAUAUUUUAGUACUUAAAUGACAAUAUGUUGAUUCCAACUUUCCAUUUUGUCCUUUGUGGAUAAUAUGACAUUCGUUACAAACAAUUUAACAGAUAAUUAGAAGACAUACUGGCAGGUCAUGCUAAAUCAACUGAUACAGAAAAGUCACUUUUAUGCAGUACUGUACUGGGAUAUUAUCUGUACCCUGCCGAGGUGUCAAGGGUUAAAGGUAUGUUUGACAAGUAAUCCUCUAAAUCCAUCGACGGUUCUAAACCUGGCUUAUCUUGACAGACACUUGUAGGAGGUUAGAUUUUCUUGUAAAUUGUGUAUGUUUUACAUGUUGAUCCUAUGACAUGUAACUUUCACUGCCACCAGGAGUGUAGUUCACACCACCUCCUCCACUGGGUGAUAUUUCAUUAUCAACCAGUACGAUAAACAUAACGUAGCUGAGUAAUGUUGCUAAUGAACCAGAGGACUGAGGAAGAACAGGAGG